UAUACUAGACUACACUAGAAUAGAUUAGAUUAGAUGACACUAGACUAGAACAGACUAGACUAGACUAGAUUUUAUUCCACAGCGUUAUUACAUCACCACAUUGAAGGUCUGUGAUACCACGGUGUUGCACUGGACAGAACAAAGACAAAGACGGAACCAUCAAAGUCCCCACAGCAAGAAAAAGUGUAAACAGUCAAUAAACCAAUGACAUUGUGAUCAUGACGGCCGACCGAGAAGCCACAGAUUCAGGUGAAAAACACACAGGAAAGUCAGAUUUUAACGCUGUAAUCAAAGUGGGGGAUGUUGAAUUUCAAGUUCAUAAAGAUGUGCUUGGGAACUGCAGCGAGUUUUUCCGUGCUCUGUUCAAGAACUGGUCCGUCCCUGACCAGAGGGAGUUCACCAUCUCUGUGGUGUCGUCUGACGUCAUGAAGGUCAUCAUCGACUUCAUGUGCGACGGCUGUGUGUCUGUGACCGAGGAAAACUUGCUGGACGUCGUACUCGCCGCAGACUUCUUCAACAUUGCCGAGAUGAUCGACAGGUGCAACAGCUUCCUCGAGAAGCAUCUGUCUCUGGGGAACUGCAUCUCCGUUUGGAAAGGAACAAGGUUCUUACACCCAGUGCCUCCGAUCUGCCGAAAAGCCUUCACCUACGUCACUACUCACUUUGAGGAACUGGUGUCCUCGAAGGAGUUCUUCCAGCUCACGGCAGAGGAGCUGACCCUAGUUCUGGAAAGAGACGAGCUCAAUGUACGAGAGGAGAACAAUGUUUUCGAGGCCAUUCUUCGCUGGGUGGAUCAAAAUUCUGAAGAGCAGAAACCUCAGCUGGCGAAGCUCCUGUCAAAAGUUCGUCUGGCUCUGCUGCCACUGGACUACAUCAGCAGCACUGUGAUCACCAAUGACUUGGUGUCCAGCGACCCGGACUCCUUAGUCAUGGUCAAAGAUGCCACUCAGACCAUCAGGGUCAUCAAAACAUUCCGGCCCAAAGUGCUAGCCUUCCGAAACCUUCUGGGCCGCCCUCGCCUCUCCACCAUCACCUUGUUGGCCUGUGGAAUGUUGAUGGGCAGCUCGCUCUACUACAUCGUGUCGUACGACAUCCGCGUGGACAGCUGGAUCACCGUGACCAGCAGUCUCCCGACGCAGUGCGAGCGCUUUGCCGUCGUCUUCCUCGAAGGCUUCCUCUACUGCAUCGGAGGCUACACCAAGUUAGCGGUGACAAACAAAGUCUACAGGUUUGACCUGAGCACGCAAACUUGGCGACAGAUGCCGGACAUGAACGACCGGCGCGAUAACCCCGCCGUGACGGUGCUGGCUGGACAGAUCUACGCCAUCGGGGGCUCGUGUCGCCGCCACCCCCUCAAAAGCGCUGAGCGGUACAGACCCAAGGAGCAGCAGUGGAGGCUCAUCGCGCCAAUGAACGAGUGCCGGAGUUACACCAGCUGCGCCUCCUACAGGAACAUGAUCUACGUCUGUGGUGGAUUUAACGGGAGGCUACCCCUUCAGUCAGCGGAGUGUUACUGUCCCGACCAAGAUCAGUGGACUACGAUCGCGUCGAUGAUGAGCCGUCGAGCCGGGCUAGGAGUGAUCGCUCACGCCGAUCGAAUUUACGCGGUCGGUGGUGCGAACGGGCGCAAAGUUCUGAGCACGGUCGAGGCCUACAACCCCAAAACUCAGUCGUGGAAAGCCGCGUCCCCCAUGCUGUCGCCGCGGAAAAGCUUUGGUAUCGCGGCCGUCGAGGACUGCAUCUACGCAGUGGGGGGGUUUAAUGGCCGCUCCUUCAUCAGAGCCGUCGAGUACUACAGCCCCGACAAGGACGCCUGGUCUGUGGCCCGCAACAUCAAGAACAUCAGCGGCACGUGUGGCUGCUGCGCUGUGCAAGGACUGUCCAACAUGGGGGACUACAUGUUCCCCCGGGACUGUCUGCCCUCGCUUCCCUCGCAGUACCACAUGAGCAGACAGAUACAACCCUACAAGAGUGUCGUCUAUUAAGCAUCCUCUCAGAAGAGCUUCCCGAUAGUUCCACACGAACCAAAAAUAACCUGCUUAUACUUCACAAUAAAAUGUCAAUAACUU